AUGCAGCGCCAAAGAGAAUUCGAGGCUAAAGAAAAAGAAAGAGAGGAGAGGGAAAUGGAACGACAACGUCAAGCUGAAGCAAGAGAACUAGAACGUCAGAAGCGUCUGCUGAGAGUAAGGACCGAACUUGAGUCUGCUUCAGUCUUGGGAAGUAGGCCUAGUCAGUCCGCCUCAGUCUUGGGCAGUCGUCAUUUGGAAUUGGAAGAUAAUGAAGACCCUGACAAGAAGGCGCGCAUGCUCCAACCAGUCAAGGAGGAUGACGCUGUCAGCCUUAUUGAGUUUUCAACAACUCUUUUAAACCUGACCUCUACCGCAGAGUCGUUGGAUUUGGAAAUAAAAGCAGAAGUCUCGCAAUGGUGGAAGAUGAUAAUUGAGAAAAAACUGUGUUUCUUCUGCUUCCGUCGUCACCACAUCAAAUUUUGUAAGUUAAAGAAACCUUGUGGAAUCAAUGGGUGCAAACUAUACCACCAUCACCUUCUGCAUACUGACAGUGCCCCUAAAAAUGCCCAAGAAAUCAGCCGGGAUCGAGUACAGAACACUUUCAGACAGGAAGCUGCAAAGUCAAACGGUGUAUCAUUUAAUGACGCUCUUCUUAGUGGACCUGACCUUUUGAAUCCAUUACCAGCUGUUCUUGUAAAAUUUCGUCUGGAAAAAUUUGCCGUCGCUGGUGAUAUUAAGGAAAUGUUCCAUCAGGUACGCAUAAGGAAAGAAGAUGUAGAUUCACAGAGAUUUUUGUGGAGGCAAAACACGAAUGAUCCUCCAGAUUCGUAUGUAAUGGAGGUGAUGACAUUUGGGUCGACCUGUUCUCCAAGCACUGCUUUAUAUGUAGUGAACGAAAAUGCCAAAAGUUUCUCAUCCAUCUACCCUGAAGCUUCUAAAUCAAUUCUUACUAAGGAAUACAUGGAUGAUUUAUUAGACUCUGUCAAUUCUGAGGAAGAAGCAAAGACUCGAGUGAAAGAAAUAAUGGAAAUUCACAAAUCAGGUGGAUUUCAAAUUUGCAAUUGGCUAUCAAAUUCCAAAGAUGUUUUGUCUGGAAUUCCUGAAGAACUGAAAUCAAAUUCAACUAAGCAAUUAAAGCAUGAUAGCAAUCUUCCCACUGAACAAGUUCUCGGAAUGUGGUGGGAUUCAGAAAGCGACAAUUUCGUAUUUCAUCUCAAUGCAGAAAAGUUGCAAAAAAUGGAAUCAAGUUAUCCAACUAAACGUGAGGUUUUGAAGGCUGCGAUGUCUAUCUUCGAUCCUUUGGGACUAGUCACCCCUACUACAAUCAAAGGUCGAAUAUUAGUGCAAGAGAUUUGGAGAACAAAAACAACAUGGGAUGAAGUACUAACAACAGGACUUACUAAGAAAUGGCAAGAAUGUCGCUCAGAGGAACCUAUGAUGCUACAAUUGUGUCUUGAAGAGCCAAUGGCGGUGGUGCUAGGAGACAGCGUGGAGGACAUAUCCACCUUGUCAUCUGUGGAAAUCUCCAGAGACGAGACUGUGAGGAGAAUUAACGAUGGCAAGCAAACAAACGAGUGUGCUCAGUGUGGCUGCAAGUUCCCAUGCCUGAUGCCCUUGUUUAAACACAACUGA